GAAGCAAAAUUGAAUGGUAGAAUCAAUUCCAUGGAAAGUAGAAGACUAUGGAUCCGAUAUUGCUUGCUAGAAGGGAGGCAAUCUUGUUUUGUCCUAGUCAAUGGGGGUUUUAAUACUUUUUAGCAACCAUAAUUUUUUAACUACCUUUUAAUCUAUUCUCCAAUUUCUUACUCUAUUCUCUUUGAAAACUCAAAAAAAAGAAGAAAAUGAUUUGUUUUCAAAAAUAUUUGUAUAAUUUUCUUUCAUUCUUUGUAUAAUUUUGAUUAGUUUUUGUUUUUACUUGAAUGUAUAAACAGAAAGAAAAAUCCAGAAAAAGAUGAAGGUCGAAACACUUACGAUUGUGUUAGUAAAUUUAGCAGGGAUUAUGGAAAAAGCAGAUGAGUCAUUGUUACCAGGGGUGUACAAAGAAGUUGGAGAAGCACUCCAUACAGACCCAACCGGUUUAGGUUCACUCACGCUUUUCCGGUCCAUGGUCCAGUCCGCAUGCUACCCUAUAGCGGCCUAUCUAGCUGUAGGCCACAACCGGACUCAUGUUAUUGCCUAUGGUGCAUUUCUCUGGGCUGCAGCUACAUUUCUCGUUGCUUUCUCCACCACCUUCUUUCAAUUGGCAGUAUCAAGAGCUUUGAAUGGGAUUGGACUAGCCAUAGUUUCACCUGCUAUUCAAUCACUAGUAGCUGACUCCUGUGUUGAAAGCAGCCGCGGCAUGGCAUUCGGAUGGCUGCAAUUCACUAGCAAUAUUGGUUCACUUGUUGGUGGAUAUGUUUCCUUAUUAGUAGCUCCUGUCACAUUCAUGAGAAUUCCUGGCUGGAAACUUUGUUUUCAUCUUGUUGGUAUGAUUAGUUUCCUUGUUGGAGUUCUAGUUCGCUUAUUCGCAAAUGAUCCUCAUUUCCCAGACGGAAAUCCGAAAGCUAGUAGUAAAGUUCAUGGAAAUUCCUAUUCCUUUAUAUCAGAAGUGCAAGGUCUACUUCAAGAAGCAAAAUCAGUUGUAAAGAUUCCAUCUUUUCAGAUUAUUGUCGCACAAGGUGUUAUGGGAUCUUUCCCUUGGUCAGCUUUGUCAUUUGCCCCAAUGUGGUUAGAACUUACUGGAUUUACUCAUGGGGAGACUGCUAUUCUUCUUAGCUUGUUUGUGGUCGGUGAUUCCAUUGGAGGAUUAUUUGGAGGCAGGAUGGGAGACGUUUUAUCACAGUGUUUACCGAAUAGUGGCAGGAUAAUUUUGGCACAAAUAAGUUCAGGAACAGCUAUUCCACUAGCAGCAAUUCUUCUGCUUUGUUUGCCUGAUGAGCCUUCAUCAAUUUUCAUGCAUGGUUUGGUCUUGUUUGUGUCAGGAUUUUUCAUAUCUUGGACUGCACCAGCUACAAACAAUCCAAUUUUUGCAGAGAUAGUACAUGAGAAGUCACGAACGAGUGUCUAUGCUCUGGACCGAUCUUUAGAAUCUGUAUUAUCAUCAUUUGCUCCUCCUAUUGUUGGGCUACUAGCUCAGAAUGUUUAUGGUUAUAGGCCAGUAGCUCAAGGUGAUGAUAGAAUUUCUGCAGACAGAGAAAAUGCCACAUCUUUGGCAAAGGCAUUGUUCACUGCAAUUGGAACUCCAAUGGGACUAUGCUGUGUUAUAUACUCUUUUCUUUAUUGCACCUAUCCAAGGGAUAAGGAGAAGGCUCAAAUGGAAGCUCUGAUUGAAUCCGAGAUGCAACUCUUAGCUUUGGAUCCUUCAUCUCUUAGCGGACAAUAUUCACUAGUUAAGUCAUCCGAAAAUCAAGAGAGUUAUCACGAUGAAAAACCUGGGGAGGAAAUGGAUUUCAGUGAGGAUGGUGAUUUUGAGGAUGGAGAUGACAAGUCAUUAAUCUAUCGUCGUCCAACAAUUUCCAAAUUUUUUGAAUAGCAGUUAGUUGACUGACCUGAUGCAACUGACAAAUAAGUUGACGUUAAUAGCAGGUCUAGUUCUACAUUAAAAGAGCUUUGUUUUAAAGCAAAUAGCAUAGAAUAGAAUGAAAAUUCAAUUGACAUGGACAACCAGAAUGCAGGACAUAGCAUGCUGUACAGAAUUACUCCAGUUAGUUCAUGGAGACAUACUUUUUUCCAUAACAAGAUCAAUGACAUUGUAACAAUCAUAUUAAAGAAAGUAUAUAAAGUAUGAUUCUCUUGAGGGAUAUUCAA